UUUCUCAUGCAAAUUUAAUUUCACCGACUCCGGAUGCUCCAUCCCUAGUAUAUAUAUCAAGCUCCCCUUGCCCCUACAUUUUCUUUCAAACCAGCAUGGCUCUCCCUCUGGUACUUUCAUCCAUUCUCUUGGCCCUUCUUGCAUACAAAUUAUUCCAACGCCUCCGAUUCAAGCUCCCACCGGGGCCGCGCCCAUUGCCCAUUGUUGGGAACCUCUACGACAUAAAGCCAGUGAGGUUUCGGUGCUUUGCCGAAUGGGCCCAAGCAUAUGGCCCAAUUAUAUCGGUUUGGUUCGGUUCGACUUUAAACGUUAUCGUGUCGAAUACGGAACUGGCUAAAGAAGUGCUCAAGGAGAAUGAUCAGCAGCUGGCUGAUAGGCACAGGAGUCGAUCAGCUGCAAAGUUCAGCAGAGAUGGACAGGAUCUUAUAUGGGCAGACUACGGGCCUCAUUAUGUGAAAGUUAGAAAGGUUUGUACGCUUGAGCUUUUCACACCGAAGAGACUGGAAGCUUUGAGACCAAUAAGAGAAGAUGAAGUCACCGCCAUGGUUGAAUCCAUUUUCAAAGACUGCACAGAUCCUCAAAAUAAUGGAACAGGCGUGACGCUAAGGAAGCACUUGGGUUUAGUGACUUUCAACAACAUAACAAGGCUAGCAUUUGGGAAGAGGUUUGUGAAUUCGGACGGAGUAGUGGACGAGCAAGGUUUAGAGUUCAAGGCAGUAGUGGCAAAUGGGUUGAAACUUGGAGCUUCAUUGGCCAUGGCGGAGCACAUUCCAUGGCUCCGUUGGAUGUUCCCAUUAGAGGAAGAGGCUUUUGCUAAGCAUGGCGCUCGAAGAGACCGUCUCACUAGAGCUAUCAUGGAAGAGCACACUCUUGCCCGCCAACAAAGCGGCGGUGUCAAGCAUCAUUUCGUCGAUGCUUUACUUACCUUAAAAGAAAGAUAUGACUUAAGUGAAGACACUAUUAUUGGACUCUUAUGGGACAUGAUCACAGCCGGGAUGGACACGACAGCAAUCACAGUGGAAUGGGCCAUGGCAGAGCUGAUCAAGAACCCAAGAGUCCAACAAAAGGCCCAAGAGGAGCUUGACCGAGUGAUUGGAUUUGACCGUGUGAUGACAGAGGCCGAUUUCCCCAGCCUCCCAUACUUGCAAUGCGUAGCCAAGGAGGGAUUAAGGCUGCACCCUCCAACUCCACUAAUGCUGCCUCACCGUGCCAAUGCUAAUGUCAAAGUUGGAGGCUAUGACAUCCCCAAAGGAUCAAACGUCCAUGUCAAUGUAUGGGCUGUUGCUCGUGAUCCAGCAGUGUGGAAGGACCCGUUGGAGUUUCGACCGGAGCGAUUCUUCGAGGAGGAUGUCGACAUGAAGGGCCAUGACUAUAGGCUACUUCCAUUUGGUGCAGGAAGAAGGGUGUGCCCAGGUGCUCAACUUGGGAUAAAUUUGGUGACAUCUAUGUUGGGUCAUUUGUUGCACCAUUUUACAUGGGCUCCGGCCGGGGGAAUGAAGCCAGAGGAUAUCGACAUGUCAGAAAAUCCUGGAUUAGUGACUUAUAUGAAGACCCCAAUACAAGCCGUGCCUACUCCCAGGCUGCCUUCACAUUUGUACAAACGUGUGGCUGUUGAUAUGUAAUUUUUCUUUCUUUGAUUUGGUGCUUGAUUUUGCUUAUGGAAGAAUAUUUUAAAGCUUCAAAUAUGCUUUAUUCGGUA